GUCUGGAUACUCCGUGGAACGAUCUUUGGAGAAAGCUGCUGAUGUCAUAGCGCGAGCAGGCUCCAUGAGCGCCUUCACGGGCGCCGGCAUCUCCGUGGAGUCCGGCAUCCCCGACUUCCGAUCUCCAGGCGGCCUGUGGUCCAAGUACAAUCCAGGCGUCUACUGCGAGUACAGCAAUUUCUGCAGAAGCCCACAUCUCUUCUGGCAAAUGGGCCGCGAGCUGGCGCUGGAAGUGCACCUGGCGAACCAGGGAGGUAUGCACCUCAGGGAUGGGCUCAAGGAGGCAGAGCCCAACGGCGCGCACAGAGCCCUCGUAGAGCUGCAGGAGAUGGGGAAGCUGAACACGGUUAUCACUCAGAACAUUGACUCCCUGCAUCAACGAGCUGGCAGCCAUCAUGUCAUCGAGAUCCACGGCACCAUGGCUACGGCCAGAUGCAUGGAGACGGGCAAACAGGUGCCGCAAUCCGAGAUUCUGCGUCAGUGGGUUGCAGCCCGCGAGGGGAAGCCCGAUAGCACUUUGCGCCCGGACAUCGCAACAGAUAUGUGGGUGCCGAAGCAUCCGGAAACUGGCGGGGUGCUCAAACCUGACGUCACGAUGUUCGGCGAGGCCUUGCCGGCGGGCGCUUUUGGCUCCUCCUGGUGGAGUGUCUUGAGCUCCCCCGUGUGCCUAGUGGUUGGCACCGGCCUGAACGUCUUUCCGGCCAAUUUGGUGCCCGGCAUGGUGCGGUGGCGGUUCGGCACGCUCAUCGUGCUCAACAAGGACAGCUCCGGCGCCUCCAGCGUCCCAGCCUCAGAUGCCGAGAUCUGCGGAGCCUCAGCCACCCAUCGGGCCCUGGAGUCAUUGAGAUGCCGGUUCCGGGGCCAAUUCAAUUGGUUCCUCUGA